AUGGAUCAUGAUCGAGAAGCGCCCAGAUUGUCGCAGGAUGGAGAGCCUAUAGAGUUACAAGACGGAGAUGAGAACGAGGCUGAGGGGGAGAAAAAGAAAAAGAAGAAGAAAAAGAAGAAGAAGGAUAAGGACAAGAAGAAAUCCAAGGACAUGGACGCCGACCAAGAGGCUCCCGAGGGCGAGCAGGGCGACAUGGACGAGGGUGGGGGUGAUGCCUCUGCUCUGUCGGCUGGAAACCCAGACGAGGGUGCCUACUCCCAGAUAGAAGAAGGUCAGGAGGGAGGUGAUACUACGAUGCCCGAGGGACAGGAGGGUGCGACCCAGGAGGGGGAACAACAAGACGAUGAAGACGGCGACAAGAAAAAGAAGAAAGACAAAAAGAAGAAAAAGAAAAAGGACAAAAAGGGCGAGAAAGGCGAUGAGAAAGGAGAGGGUGAUGAAAGCGAGAAGCCGCCGAGUAAGAAAACCGAGGACAUGUCUCCCGAAGAGCGUGCUCAGCACGAGGCGGAGAAGGAGGCGAAGGCGGCGGAAGAGGAGGAGAGAAAGGAGGAGAAAAAGAAGAAGAGGGCCGAGUGUUGGGACAAGUGGCGGUUCAAACUCCUCCUCACUUUACUAUUCUUCACUCAUGUCUUCAUAUUCAUACUUAUCCUAUACAUUCUCAAAGUUUAG